AAUGCCCAUCUCUCAUCUCUUAUUUUCUCUCACGAAAAAUAUCAGUUUCUCUCUCUCUCUUUACAACAAGCUCCAUGCCUCAAGUCGAUCUCGAAGGCUUUGUUUCUUCAGUAUGCGCCGGUUGCUCAGACCGAAAGAUCGCAUCCGAGUCAACACUCGACGACGAUCAGACCACCUUACCUUACAAUAACUCCGCCGUGAGCCCGAGUGAUUUCCCGCCGGAAUCUUACUUCUUAUCAAAAGAUGAUCAGCUCGAGUGGCUCAGCGACAACGCCUUCUUCGACCGCAAAGACUCACAUAGAGGAGGAAACUCAUCAGCGAAUAUCAAUUCAAAUCCAAACUCAAAUCCAAGCUCUCAACGGUUCUUGCUGAAACCAAAGGCGUCGAUCAUCGGUUUACCUAAACCGCAGAAAACGUGUUUCAACGAGGCCAAGCAGCGGAGAAACGGCGGAAGAAUCGAUCAUAAUAAUAACCGGGUCUUCUUGAAACGGGUCGGGUCAGGAACAAAGUCGGAUCUUUCUCUGCUCGAGCCUUCUUCUCCUAAUGUCUCUUGCAUCGGUAGAGUGAGAUCCAAAAGUGAACGAAGCCGCCGGAUGCGCCGUCAAAAAUCGGGUCGACCCGAGAAGGCAAACCGGGUCAAGAAACCAGGUUUUUUGGCGAGUUUCAGAGCCAUCUUCAGGACCAGGGGCGGCUGCAAAGACGUGUCGUCGUCGCGUGGGGCACACGAUAUCAGGAGCCGGCUUCCACCGGAAAAAGUUGAACCGGUGGUUCCCGGUUUAGGAGGGAUGAACCGGUUCGCUUCUGGAAGAAGAGCGGAUUUGUUGGGUGGAUGAUGACGUGGCGUGACAAGUGUAAAAUUUGGCGGGUCCAGUUAUAUAGUGUUUCAAGUCCCAGGGGGAAAGUAGGAUUAGUAGUGUGAUUGGUUGUCUUGUCUGAGUUUUGGUGGGACCCGUUUUUUUUAGCUGUUGUUGUGUUUUGAAAAGUCGCUGGCGCUUACGUGGCAAUUCAGUAACGUUUUUUCAAAAACACGGCUACGCUAAAGCGCCCCCACCGUUUUGUACUUAUCUAUGGCCCCAAUCUUUUUAGUUAAGACUUUUUCUUGUUUUCGUUGUAAAUAGUUAAGGAAGAUAUAUUUGUAUUUAUGUUUUCUUUUUUCAAUCAUGGUUUUUUUUUUUGGAAUGUAAGAAUGAUUGAUGUUUAAGUAUUUUUGAGAGUUCAGUUUCCUAUAUGUAUAAAACCAUAUUUCUUCAAGUAUU